GGUGCAGAAAACAACGUGCGUGUCUCUCUCGCUUCCCUCUCUCUCCACAGGCUCUGCAUUCAGUCUCAGUGCGCUGCAGGUCAAUAACUUACUCACCAAACUCCGAAGAGAGUGAACCAGCCUCCGUCUUUCGGUCACUUUUUGUUGGUCCCGCUGCAGACAUGGCCAGCUCUGAACUUGCUCUGUUGAGUGUGUCCGACAAGUCCGGACUGUUGGAGUUCGCCAAAAGACUCGUGAACACGGGUCUAUCGCUGGUGGCGUCCGGGGGAACAGCGAAGGCGCUGCGGGAUGCUGGCCUGGCGGUGAGGGACGUGUCUGAGCUAACUGGUCAUCCAGAGAUGCUCGGAGGGCGGGUGAAGACCCUGCACCCCGCAGUCCACGGAGGCAUCCUUGCCCGACGCACCCCGUCAGACAUGGCUGACAUGGAGAAGCUGGGCUACAGUCUGGUCAGGGUGGUGGUCUGUAACCUGUACCCCUUCGUGAAGACCAUCUCCAGCCCCGAUGUGACGGUGGAGGACGCAGUGGAGCAGAUUGACAUCGGCGGGGUCACACUGCUCAGAGCGGCGGCCAAGAACCACGCCCGCGUCACCAUCGUGUGCGACCCGGCCGACUACCCCCUGGUUGCCACGGAGAUGGAGGGCUCCGAGGGCAAGGACACGACGCUUGAGACCCGCCGGACCCUGGCUCUGAAGGCCUUCACCCAGACGGCGCAGUACGAUGACGCCAUCUCAGACUACUUCAGGGGCCAGUAUAGCCGCGGGGUUUCCCAGCUGCCCCUGCGCUACGGCAUGAACCCCCACCAGGCCCCGGCCCAACUAUACACCCUGCACUCUGCUCUGCCCCUCAAAGUGGUGAACGGUUCCCCUGGCUUCAUCAACCUGUGUGACGCCCUCAACGCCUGGCAGCUGGUCAGAGAGCUGAAGGCUGCCCUGGGACUGGCCGCUGCCACCUCCUUCAAGCACGUCAGCCCUGCAGGAGCUGCGGUGGGGGUUCCUCUGUCCGAGGAGGAGGCGAAGGUGUGCAUGGUGAGCGACAUGCUGCAGGACCUCACCCCGUUGGCCUCCGCCUACGCCAGGGCCAGAGGUUCCGACAGGAUGUCGUCUUUCGGAGACUUCAUCGCCCUGUCGGACGUUUGUGACGUCCCCACGGCCAGGAUCAUAUCCAGAGAGGUGUCAGACGGCAUCAUCGCCCCGGGAUACGAGGAGGAGGCUUUGAAGAUCCUGGCCAAGAAGAAGGGCGGGAAAUACUGUGUUCUCGAGAUGGACCCGGCCUACGAGCCAGACGAGCCGGAGGUGCGCGUGCUGUUCGGACUCCACCUCAAGCAGAGGCGGAACGGCGCGCCCAUCGACAAGGAGCUCUUCAGCAACGUGGUUUCCAAGGGAACGCUCUCUGAGAAGGCCCUGCGCGACCUGACCGUGGCGACCAUCGCCGUCAAAUACACCCAGUCCAACUCUGUGUGCUACGCCAAGGACGGCCAGGUGAUCGGUAUCGGCGCCGGGCAGCAGUCUCGUAUCCACUGCACCCGUCUGGCCGGCGACAAGGCGGACAACUGGUGGCUCCGGCGCCACCCCAGGGUGCUGGGGAUGAAGUUCCGCUCCGGGGUGAAGCGGGCCGAGAUCGCCAACGCCAUCGACCAGUACGUCAGCAACACCAUCGGAGAGGGUCCGGACCUGGCGGCCUGGAAGGCGAUGUUCGAGGAGGUCCCCGAGCCGCUGACGGAGACGGAGAAGAAGACCUGGGUCAGCUCUCUGCAGGGCGUGGCCCUCAGCUCCGACGCCUUCUUCCCCUUCAGGGACAACGUGGACCGCGCCAGGAAGAGUGGCGUGGCGUUCAUCGCGGCCCCCGGGGGCUCCACGGCCGACGACGUGGUGAUCCAGGCCUGCAACGAGCAGGGCAUCACCCUGGCACACACCACCCUGCGCCUCUUCCACCACUGAGCUCCUCUGUGGGAGCCUAGGGCCUACAGCUGCUUCAGCACACUGGCUCUGUGUCCAGACCACUGUCGGGAGACCGUAGUUACUUAGCUUUGCUAUCUGUUACAUUCCUAAUGCUGUUACUGCACAACGUGAUGCGGAUGGGUCACCGGGGCACAACAUGGCAUCCAUUCCUAUCCUACUAAUGGAAUAACAACUGUUGGUUUCUUACUCGUGUUUACAUCUUGUAUUAAAGCGCUGCUGUAGAAAGA